UGUCCAAUCCUUCGCAGUUUUCUCUUCGUGGAUAUAAAACAUAUUUAUUAAAGAUGUCUGAAAAUUUGCGGGCCGAGCUGGAGAAAUACCUGCAGAGCUUAAACAUCCGGACGACGUGCGUGGAGCACCCGCCGGUGUUCACCGUGGAGGAGAUGAUGCCUCACCUGCAGGACGUGAGCGGAGCCGUCACUAAGAACCUCUUCCUGAAGGACAAGAAGAAGAAGGGCCUGUGGCUGGUAUCGGCUCGGCACGACCGCCAGGUGAACCUCAACGACCUCGCCAAGAAGCUCGGCGUCGGCAGCGGCAACCUGCGCUUCGCGGACGAGGCGACCAUGUUGGAGAAACUCAAGGUGGGUCAGGGCUGUGCGACGGCUCUCGCUCUGCUCUUUGACCGGGACCAGAGUGUGAAGUUCGUCCUGGACCGGGACCUGGUGGAGGGAGGCCACGAGAUGGUCUGCUUCCACCCCAUGACCAACGCCGCCACCAUGGGGCUCCGGCCGGACGACCUGCUGCGCUUCCUCAAGGAAACGGGACAUGAACCCGUCCUGGAGAGCUUUACGUCGGACUGAACCGGAACCGGAUUAACCUGGGACAUGAAAACAACCCGCAGAGCCAAAUAUGGACUUUAUUCUGCUUCGAGGAUAAAAAUUUAAAAAAAGAUAACAAAUAAUCAAAAUAAGGCUGUCACGAUAUCUGACUUGUACUGCCAAUAGAAUGAAUUCACAUCAAUGAUAAAUACGUUUCUAUAUUGGCUAAUAAUCAGUCAAAAUAUGAGCGUAGGGAGAGUGUGACCAAUUACUAUAUAUCAGAGAGGUUUUUAUUUUAUUCUAGAGGCGUUGGAUAAUUUACAUGGUAUUAUACAUGUAUUAUUAAAAGGAUUUUAAUGUUUUAUUUUUACACAUCACGGUUAUUGUCAAUAGCGGUAUCUAUUGCGACACCUCUAGAUCAAAGACAACGCAAAAAGUCUUCAUCGAGUACACGAAGGGAAGCUUGUGACUUUAAUUUCAUGACGCAUUGUUUCGUAUACUGAUGAGCAUGAAUGUAGAGGGAAACAUUUUAAAGCUCUUUAUUUUUUUCAUAGAAUUGUCAAAAGUUGAAGAUUAAUUUUAGAGACCAAACGCAUACAUUGACUAUCGGUUGUUAAAUGUUCUGUCGGUCCCUGCUGAUAAAAUAAGUUUUAGGUGAAUUUAUGUUUUCCUUUUAUGAAAAUCAAUCUUCAAAUUGCCAAAAUAAAUGUUUGGUCCAGUUUGUCUGCUGAUGUAAUUAAUUAAGAGCUGGAACUCCUAUCAAUAAUGUGUCAUAUCUCCUGUUGAUAUUCUGUAUUGUGACUGUAAUGUGCACUUCCGCCUCUAGGGAGCACCAAAGAUACACAGUGGGAAGGGUUGUUGGGCUUCUCGUGUAAAAUGAAUCACGUUUAUGAGCUGUGACUAAUGCUUAAUAAAUCGUUGAAUCGUG